CACAUUACCGGAAAGACUUCAAAAGUGUAGCGUAAGAUGUUAGCGCAAAUUGUUAUUUGAUUCUUGUAAAUAGUAAUGUUGCGCAAAUGCGAAUGCUUUCUUCUGUCUAACACGACUCGUUUUGAACUGGGUGCCUAGGUGGAGUCGUGACCUAAAUCAAAACGUCUGAACGCUUUGCUUCCUUAACCCUUUUACUUAAAAAAAAAACUUCAUCAUAUCAUCCACAUGAGCGCAGUGUUCUAUUUCCGCUGGGCCGAGCGCCAUGCCUGACCGGGAUAGCACUUACCUGGCAGGUGGUGGGGGUGGAAGUGGGUCUGGGGUGGGUACCGGGGUUGGGGAGGACGUAGGUUCAGGGACAGGUUUAUGUGGAGGGGUAGGAGAGGGUCGAACGACAGUAGGUGGCGGUUCAGCAGGCUGUGGAGGGGGUAACUCUGGUCCUGGGGCGAUGGGUGGAGGCGGGGCGUUAGGAAACGGAAACAGCUGUGGCGGAGCCAGCGGUGGAUUCGGCUCCGGUUUAGGACUCGAUGGCGUUUGCCGGGACUUUUUGCGGAACGUGUGCAAGCGCGGCAAGCGUUGCCGUUUCCGCCAUCCAGACUUCAAUGACGUUACAGAUCUGGGCGUCCAGAAGAACGAGUUUAUCUUCUGCCACGACUAUCAGAACAAAGAGUGUGUGCGCACCAACUGCCGAUUCGUUCACGGAUCCAAAGAGGACGAGGACUAUUAUAAGAAAACCGGUGAGUUGCCCCUGAGACUGAGGGGAAAGGUCGCUGCCGGGCUCGGGUUGUCCCCUACUGAUCUCCCGUUGAGCCGCGGGGAGGUCCCCAUAUGCAGAGACUACCUGAAGGGCGAGUGCCAGAGAGGCAACAAGUGCAAGUUUCGCCAUGUGAGAAAGGACUACGAUUAUGAGGCCUCGUCGAGGGUGGGCGUUGGAUGCAUGAUGGGUGUUACGGGUGGGGUAAGUGGGAUGGCCAAUGCAGGUGUGGGAGGGGCGGGCGGCGUUGUGGGUGCCUGCAGUGGGAUGUCUGGGAUUGUUGGCGGUGGUGUAGGUACCUAUAUGGGGAUGGGAUGCCCCAGCAUGGGGGGCUGUAGAGACCAGGGACUGUCGGGUGGAGGGGGCGGUGGGAGCUCAUUGAGUGGCUGUAUGUCGAUGGGAACCGCAGGUCAUCGGCGCUACGAUAGGGGUCCCUGUUCAGUCUAUGACCCCUUGUUUGAAAAUGGCCUGUUUGAAGCUGGACCAGUAGAGGCUCCCGUGGACCACACAACCCUUCAGUUGAAGAGAAGACGUUUGGAGGGCCUGCGAUUGGCUGAUGGGGCUGUUGGUCCACAUUAUGACCUGGGAAUUCAAACCACCCUGCUAACCAGACCGGUGGAAUAUCGUCUACUAGAGGAGGAGAACGCUUUGUUGAGAAAAAGAGUGGAAGAACUUAAGAAACAGGUGUCCAAUCUCCUAGCCACCAAUGAGGUGCUCUUAGAGCAGAACGCUCAGUUUCGAAGCCAAGCUAAAGUGAUGACUCUCUCAUCAACCCCUGCCCCAUCCGAUCAGAGUCUGGCUCCCCCUGUUGGUGCUGUCAGCUCCUACAACCAUGGCAUCGCCCAGACUCACACCACUCUCAGCAGCACUGGUCUUCAGCCACGUCCCGUGACCCAACAAGAUCUGGUGGCCCCGGCCGGUACGCAAACCGCCCCUCCUGUAAACGCUGCUCCCCCUUCAGCUCCCCCUCCGCAUCUGAACCCUGACCCCAUCUCCGCUGCCCUCGCUCAGACCAUCGCCCAGGGAAUGGCCCCAGCUGUUUCAAUGGCCCCUGUUGCGGUUUCCGUAGCACCGGUUUCCGUGUCGAUGGCACAGCCGUUGCCAGGCAUCACGAUGAGUCACGCCACCACGCCGAUGGUGUCAUACCCCAUAGCCAGUCAAAGUAUGAGAAUCACCACCAUACCUCAUUAGCAUGGGGCUAAUGUGUUCAGCAUUACAUGACUCAUUAUUUGUGUGGUUGCUGGCAAACUCAGACUUUCUGUUUAUGAGCUAGAAAAUGAGGAAACUACAAUUUCCCCUUGGUUUUUAGGGAUUGUGGUGAGUUUCUCAGCGUUGGGGGUCAUUUUGACUGAUUUGGAUUUUCUGCUUUCUUUAUAAGCAACAUACUGAGAUUCACUUGUGUCAAGCAUGAUUCAGUUUUCUCGCCAUGCUUUUGUGGACGAUUGCUUUUACCAGAGAGCAAAUGUUUGCCGUAAAGACUCCUUUGAGACUGGCACCCAAAAAUGCCUUCUUUCCAGACUUCCCACUUAGACGUUUAUUAACACAAACUCCUGUGAACUCAUUUUGAAGGAUGUAAAUAUUUAACUAAUAAUCAUUACAGAAUGAUUGUUAAUUUACUUGUUACAUAUCAGAUUUCAUUUGACUUCUUUUUAGUUUGUCAAUUGUUUUUGUGUUAUUGUUAUUUCAAUGAGAAGACACAUUAAACACUAUUAUUAAAUCAUUUCAAUUCCUUAACAAAAAGAAAUGUGUGUGGAUUUUUGCAUUGUUUUUUCAGAUCUAAUUCUUCCAUGACAGGUAAGUACUUUUCCUAACUGUUGAUCAAACCUAUGUUUCUAAUUCAGUUUUGUUAAUAGUUACUAGGGGUACUUGAAAUUCUACCAUCAUUUACUCGAAUGUUAGCAAUUUCUGGGACAUCAUUGACUACCAUAGUAGGAAAAAUAAUUGAACCUUUUUUUCUAGAAUGCUGCUUUGUGAUUGGUCCAUAUCUCUAAAGCCUGCCCCCACACCUAACCCUAACCUUCGUAGGGUAAAACAGGGGAGUCAUACGGUGUUUCUCAAACGCAAGGACAGGUUGCAAAGCUACCACAAUUCUAUAAACAAUUCUCAGAUAUACUUGCCCCUUGUCUUUUAAAGGUGUUUAUUGAGAGCAUUAACAACCACAAGCUUCCCCCCAGUAUGACUCAAGGAAUAAUUUCCCUCAUUCCUAAACCGAAUAAAGAUUUGUUUUUUAUUGAUAAUUGGUGUCCAAUAAAUUUAUUAAAUAAUGACUAUAAGGUUUUAGCUCACAUACUUUCCAAUAGGAUUAAAAAGGUGCUCAGUUCUAUAAUAGAUGAGUCUCAAUUUGGUUUUAUUAAUGACAGACAUAUUUCAAAUAAUACAUGUUUAGUUUUAGAUAUUUUAGAUUAUUCUAGUUUGAUUUCUGAUGAUAGCUUUCUUAUUUUUUUGGACUUUUACAAAGCUUUUGACACUUUGCAGCAUACUUUUAAUUUUCAUUGUCUUGAAAAGUUUGGUUUUGAGAUUUCUCAGAUCUUUCUCUGAGGGGUAGAGUGCUUCUUGCUAAGGCUGAAGGCCUUUCUAGGCUCAUUUAUGCUGAUCAAU